AUGAACGACGAACAAAAAAAGCAGGCCUUCGACGCUUUGCCCGAAGACAAGAAGCAAGGCAAGACGAUUUGGUACGAAUGGGUCAAGGAGGGCUACCACCACCAGUAUGAGAACUGGAUGCCGUGGGUCGAGGAUCUGUACUUGAAGUGGUUCACGAAUGACAACAAGGCGAGCUACGCGACGAGAGCGAACCUCGACAAAACCAAACUCUCCGGCAACGACCAAGUCGACAAACUCCAAGACAGUAUCAACGAUACCGUCGCCGGUCAACUCGGACCUGCCGGCAUGCUGCAGCCCGUCGGCGACGCUUUUUCCAAGGAGGGCGUCAACCGCGCUGAGCGUGGUGGUAAGGAUGCCGAUGGUUCUUAUGGUGGACCUGUGAGCUCAGCCACGGAUCCUGUGGUGGGAGGUGUCAAGGGCGGGGCUUCGACUGUGGGCAAUACGAUCGGUAAGGGUGCGGAGGGAGUUUCGACUUUGUUAAAGGGAAGUGGUGAGGGGAAGAAGGAUGGGGCGACGAAGGAGAAAUGA